GUGAGUGGACAACCCAAACACGGACGGUUAGCAGACAACAUCAAACAACGGCGGCCUGACAGCCAUUUAAAUUAACUAAUUAUCGUUAGCGCGAACAAUGUGACCAAGAGAGAAGGACACCUUGGUGGGGGACUGUCAGAAACACAUGACAACCAACUUUGGUUGUUGUGAGAGGCGCACCAUGGCAUCUCAGCCGAGUGAAGAAAGGAACCGUCUUCGCCUCCGUGCAUGGGAACAGAGGAACCAAGAAACAAGCGAAGCCAAAGAACUCAACCCUGAGAAUGUUCCACUCUUUGGGGAGCCAUACAAGACAAACAAAGGGGAUGAGCUUUCCAAUCGAAUCCAGAGGAUGCUGGGCAGUUAUGAAGAUGUGAAUAAUCCGUAUCCCUUUGCCGUGGAGCCUUUACCCAUUCCUUCUUAUGUAACCUUUUCACAGUCAGAUCAGGGACAGCCAAACACAGAUAAACCAACCAAACCUUCAUUCCAAAACCAGGUCCAUUACAUGCCCACUGAAAAUCAGAAAGCUCCCUCUGUUAACGGUUACUCCUCUCAGCCCACGAGGACGUCCACUGCCACUUCUUCUCCUAACCACCGUGGACAUUCAGCAACUUUCUCAAAUGGGUCUUUGAACCACAGUCAGCUCAGCCACUCAGCAAAGAAGAGUGAAGCCCACUCAGAUCUCAGGGAGCGUGUCAGCCUUCCCCAGGAAAUGUCUUCUCAGUCUUCUGAUAUUAAACCGCCACCCUUCCCACAUUCCAGUGACCAUGAUAAUACUGACAUGGACACUAAGGACACCUUUGAUAGAUGUCAGCAUCAAGGGUCCACGGAUCAUCCCUCAGAGUCUGCCAGCAUUACGGAUGUUUCCACACUUAACCUUAAACAGUCCCCCAAAGAUGCAUCUCUGCCUCACACUAACAAGGGCAACACACUACCUUCCCAAACCUUCCCUUCUCUCCUGUCGUCAAAGCAGCCCAGUGUAGUCAUGAUCCAGAAGCCAACAGCGUAUGUGCGGCCCAUGGAUGGUCAGGACCAGGUGGUCAGCGAGUCACCUGAGCUGAAGCCUUCACCAGAGCCAUAUGCAUCUCUACCAGAGUUAAUCAACAAAUCUGAGCUGGGCAAAACGAAGAUACUGCCACAAUUUUUGGAGACAAGGACAAAUGAAGUUCAGUGUGUUGAAGACAUCUUGAGGGAAAUGACCCGUUCGUGCCCACCCCUCCUGACAGCUAUACACACACCUAGCACAGAAGAACCCUCCAAGUCCCCGUUUCCAGCCAAGGAAGCAGAGCAUGUCUCCUCAUGUCCAGGAAAAAAAAAUUAUGAGUCCCCUCCUGCCAAUCCAUCCCAGCUAAUCCAGCAGAGCUCCUCAUCUAGUUCAUUUGAAGCAACACAUUCCAGAGGGGUAGAGUCCACCAGCUCCAGUGACUCAGAGAGUAGUUCAAGAUCAGAGUCAGACAGUGAAAGCACGGUCGAGGAGCCACCUCAGCCCCCAGCGAUCAACUCCAUCAAAACCGAGCCUGAUGCUCCAGCAGUGACCCAUGUUGACUGGCAGUUGGGGAACUGGAUCCGGUCCAGCCAGCAGAACUCCGGCACUGAGAGUCAAAGUGGUGUACAUGCUUCUGAGAGCCCCGCUCACAAACAGCCACCACCCACUCAAAGCUCCAAGCACUCACUCAGUGUAGAGGUGGUCAGCCCCACCAAGGAGUCUAAACCUCAGCUGUCUUCUUACCGGAAGAAGUUCCCCGAUAGGUUUACGAAGCCCCAGCAGCACAGUGAGAACCCUCAGGACAACUAUAACCAUCAAAGUAGCCACGAAUCCCCCUCUGCUGAUUUGAACAGCUGUAGCAGUUCCAAGAAACUUUCAUGCAACACGUACUCCUCAAAACCAACAAAGGCAGGUUGCCCAGAUCGCACUGAAGCAGCUGUCAGCGUGAAGUGUGAGGAGGUUGUGGCCACCCGAGACAAAGACCCCUGUUUCACAGAUAGACCCAAGGUGAAGACGAAAGCAGGACAUAGCAAGAAAAGCAAGGACAGCAGUGACACUAAAAGAGACAGUAAGAGGACUUCUAAACACAUGUCACUUGACAAGCAGAAGGCUGUAUCAGAGCCUCAAGUCACAGUGGUCCUGUGUGGUCACUGUCCUUCAUGUGGUGUACGAUAUCCUGACCCCUGUUCCUGCCCCACUCAAAGUCUUUCUCAGCCUGACCAGCUGUCCCCCUCCCCUUUGCUCAGAAUCAGUUGUACCAAACAAACAUCAGAGACCAUCGGCCAGAAGGGCACCAAGAUUCCUCACAAAACAACCCACAAGCACUCAGAGAAGACUGGGCAGAAAGCCAAGAGCUCUCUGGACCACCACAGUCCUCCUAGAUCGCUGCUGGUGAGGAUUGAUCUAAGUUUGCUCUCAAGAGUCCCCCGCACCUCCGGCAACCACCAGAAGAUACCCAACAAUGCAAAGAGACCAGCACUGGUUAUAGAGCAAAAUGGAGGGGGCAGUGAUGCUUCUGCAGCACACAAACUCACCAAAACCAGCAAAAAGAGUGUAUCUCAAAAUGCUGAGAUAGACAAUGCAACUCUUCCCAGGAAGAAACAGAGGCUGGAAAACAAGAAUACCUCAUCAGCUCAUGUGUCGGUCAAAAUGGAACAUUCUGGCAAUUCAACAAAGGAUCGGGAGCCAAAGAAGACCAAGAAAAAUCCUGUUCCUUUGCAGAAGCCUCAGACACCCAAAGAUGCUGCUAAAGGCCCAAAGUUGCACAAACGCAGUUCAGGGGAGACGCAAGAGCUCAGUAAGGAGGCUGUAAAGAGAAAAGAGUCAAGCAAGCACAAGAGUAGCAGUGGAAAGCACACAGAGCACCCACACUCUGAAAAGAAGCCCCGCAAGAGCAGCCUUGCCAUCACAUCAUCUUCACAGCCUGCCAGGGAAGCUUUGAGCAACAGGCCCCUGCUCAGAUUGGAAGACAGGCAGUAUCCAGUGAAGCACUACAUAAAGGAGGCCAAAAAGCUGAAGCACAAAGCAGACGCAGAGUCAGAUAAGCUCAGCAAAGCGUUCAACUACCUGGAUGCUGUCAUCUUCUUUGUUGAAAGUGGCAUUGCGAUGGAAAAAGAUCCACAAAUUUCAAUGUCGUCCUACACUAUGUUUGCAGAAACAGUGGACCUGCUCGGGUUCGUACUGAAACUUAAAAACUCAGUGGACGCCUCUGCUACACCCUCAGAAAAGGACUUUUUAGUUUUAUGCUUGAAGUGCCAGUCUCUCCUGCAGAUGGCCAUGUUUUGCCAAAAACACAAAACUGCAGUCAAGUAUUCAAAGACCCUCACCUAUCACUUCAGCAACUCAACACAUGAGCCCCCUGCAGUUACAUCAAGAGUCACAGUCACACCCUCCUACACGCCCAACAUGCCUUCUCCAGCCAACUCAUGCAGCAGCUUAGGUCCAAGCUCCAGCCACAGGGGCAGCGGGUUGGUUGCGGACCCUGUCAGCAGCACCGUGGCAGUUCCCCAGUCCAUUGGACAAAUGGCAGUCACCUACGUCAACAUCACUACGUUAUUCUUGAGCGCUUACGACAUCUGGGAACGGGCGGAGGAGCUGGCGCAAAAAGGCAGCGGUAUGCUGACAGAGCUGGACACAGUUAUGGGUCCUUUAAGCCUCACAUCAAGUAUGACCUCUGUGGUCCGUUACAUGAGACAAGGCGUCCACUGGCUAAGGCUGGAAAGCCGAAAGGUAGAGUGACCCAGCAACCUGCCCCCAUCACUGAACACCUGCAAAACCCUUCAAGCUGCCUGUCACUACCUUUACUGCACCUCACUGUGUUUAACUCUGAUACCGACCUGGACCUGGACCUGGACCUGGACCUCUGCGCCAGUUUUCUUCACUUCACAUGGACAUGAACUCAUCUCAUUGUGAAAAGGUAGACAAAGAUCUCCUCUCAUGUGAUGUGUGUUCUAAAGGAUACCACACUGAUCAUUGCACUUUUUAUUUUGGUUUCUCUUUCUUUUUCUCUGGUAACUUUCUGAGCUGGGUCACAUCUGUUGUAAUAAAUGUAUUUCCUCGUCACCUUACUGUUCCUCUGUCAGCUGAUGUCAUGGAAUCAAUAGUGAAACAGGGCUCUUUAUUCAGGAGUGACCUUACUAAUUUGGGAGAGGAUGCACAUGAAAUAUAACCAAAACUACCAUUUGGUGGCUUUAUAAUUCUCCCCAGCCUCAUCAUGUGGUUGUGGUGCAAGUCCAGA